CUAAACAGGCAACGCAGUCUGAUGGAGAAAAAGCAAGCAAGAGCCGCACUUUGCGAUCUCUCCGAACAGCAGAGCAUUGAACAGUCAAACCGAAAGCCAUAACGCUUAAGGAUUUAUAUUGAAGAGAUUUCCUUUUUUAAAUGUUUGGCAUCAGUGAUAGGGCAUUACAGUAUCUGCAAAAAUGUAUUAUUGACCAUGCAAUUACAAUUGGUCAGUUAAACACAAUUAACAGUUCUCAUAAUUUAACUCUGGUCUGAAAUGCAUAAAACAAUAGUUACCCCUGAGAAAAUGUAAUAACUAGCACAGAAUAAAAUAAAGAACAUGGAUCAUCUAUAUACGACGGCGGACAAUUCCAGCGGAACCUGGACCAAUAACUCAGGACUAAAUGACACCGAAGCGUAUUCGAACCAAUUCGUGCAGCCGGUCUGGAGGAUAGUGCUGUGGGCAAUCGCGUACAGCAGCAUAGUCAUCGUCUCCGUGGUGGGUAACAUCGUGGUAAUAUGGAUCAUCGUAGCGCACAAACGCAUGAGAACUGUCACCAACUACUUUCUAGUGAACUUGGCAUUCGCCGAGGCGUCAAUGUCAGCGUUCAACACAGUAAUUAACUUCACUUAUGCGGCGCACAACGAGUGGUACUUCGGGCUGGUGUACUGCCGCUUCCACAACUUCUUUCCUAUUGCAGCAGUCUUCGCUAGCAUCUAUUCCAUGACGGCUAUAGCAUUAGACAGGUAUGUGGCAAUCAUCCACCCCCUGCAGCAACGGCUGUCGUCCAGGGAGACCAAGGUGAUUGUGGGGGUGAUCUGGGUGCUGGCGCUCUUCUUGGCCUUCCCCCCGUACUAUUACUCCACGACCCUGCAGCUGCCCGGCCGAGUGGUCUGCCUGGUGGACUGGCCCGAGUACACUGUCUGGAACUUCAAGAAGAUGUACUUUGUGUGUGAGACGGUGCUGAUUUACCUCCUCCCCUUGCUGGUGAUGGGCUGUGCCUACUUGGUGGUGGGCCUUACGCUGUGGGCGAGUGAGAUCCCGGGAGACUCGUCCGACCGCUACCGUGAGCAGCUUACUGCCAAGCGCAAGGUGGUGAAAAUGAUGAUAGUGGUGGUGUGCACGUUCGCCAUCUGCUGGCUGCCCUACCACGUGUACUUCCUGCUGGAUGAGUUCUUCCCGGAAGUGUUUGAGGAGAUGUUCAUUCAGCAGGUGUACCUGGCCAUCAUGUGGCUUGCCAUGAGCUCCACCAUGUACAACCCCAUCAUCUACUACCUCCUCAACGACAGGUUUCGCGCCGGAUUCAGGCAAGCGUUCCGCUGGUGUCCCUGCGUGUCCGACGGCUCAUACGAGGGGCUGGAGCUCAAAUCCACCCGCUUCUUGCAGACCCAGGUCAGCGUGUACAAGACCAGCCGCAUGGAGACCACCGUCUCCACCGUGCUCCAGCAGGGGGAGGAGCCCCAGCCGGCGGGGGCAGGGCCAGGGCCAGGGCCAGGGCCGGAGCUGGACCUCACCUCCAACGGCUCCUCAUCCCGCAGCGUCUCUAAGACCGUGUCGGAGACCUCCAGCUUCUACUCCAGCAACCACCUGGCCUAGCACCCUGCCACACCCCGUUCCGCCUCGCCCCACCCUCCACCAUCAUGCUUUGUUACACUUCAGAAUAGAAAGAUGUGUUGGUCAGUGCAGUGUGUGUCUGUGUGUGUGUUUUGUAUCAUCUGUGAAUGCUGGGAGUGGGUGGUGUUGUGGGUGGUCCUCCACCUCCGUCACCCUGUCCCUGUCUGAACUUUGUCUCUCUGCCUCCACCCUAAACCCUCCACCCAUGACCUCAGCAUCAAACCAGUCUAUGGUAUUCCCAUUAUUUUCAUGCAAUAUACUGAAAAUAUAUUAAAAUGAAAUAUAUUGUCAAGAUUUUGAAACGCUUCAUGGUACAACUAUACAAAUUAUUGCCACUCUCAGAUAUUACAAAAUAUAUAUAUUUUUAAAUACACAGCUGUAAAAUGUUUCAUUAUAUUUUCCAAAAAGUCCACAUUUUUAUAUAUUUCAGUAUAUUCCAUUUACGCUGACAGCUACCCAUAGCCGUCCAUUCAUCCUAAAAGGAUACGGGCCCCUGUGACUGGGGACGGCCCUGCAAGCAGCACGACUCAGAACGCACAGCCAAGCUGGGCACAAUCAGGAAAGACCAGCGCCCCAGCACGCCCUUAGGAGAAAAACCAGCACAUCAGAGAGCUCAGCCUUGCUCUGCUCUGCCCAGCGUGUGUGUUUGUGCAUGUGUGUGUGUGUGUAUAUGUGUGUGUGUGCCUGCAUGCUAGUGCCUGCCGAAGCUGUGCGUAGGCGUUAUGCCCACUGUGACCAACUCUGCCACUGUGGCAUGGGAUCAGAGAGUAAAACACACUCCCUCUUGCACACGCACCCCCACACACACACAGUGCCAAAUUGCUGUGUGUAAAUACCAGGCGUACUGUGUGGAGAAGGACACCUGUGGAAGCGCAAUGAUUAAUUGUAGAUCAUUAACUGAUUAACUGCUUCACUAGACUCUGGCUGACGAUGGGUAGCGAGUAACAGCAUCCAGCAGCCUGAAGGAGAAAAAAAGGACAGAAGGAGGUGACUAUCCAGAGGGGUGCUGUGGACCUGAGAACGGUGCCCCUCCCCCACCCUGUCCCUGUCCCGCUGAGGAGCGCGCAUGUUCUCUCCAAACCGAAAGCGGAAGGGCCGGCACAGGUCGUCUAAACUAGCGCCACCUGGUGGCAGUCCGGAAUUCCAGAAGUUUGCCAAUAGCACUCAACCCAGCAACAGCCUUGAUGAAAAUGCGGGCUGGGGGCUGGGGGCUGGCGAGUUGGGGAGAGGGCGCUGUGCCUGUUGCGGAUUAUCAAACUAUGCGACUGACGAUGUAAUGGCAGGGUUUUGCUUUUUGGUUGGCAUAGCGGGAUCAGGAUUAUGAAUGGUGUUAGAGUGGGUGUCA